ACUCAAAUAAAACUUUCUCAUCACCAUCAUCAUCGUCGUCCAUCACCACCAUCAUCAUCACUAUCAUCGCCGUCACUAUCAUCAUCAUUACUAUCAUCAUCGCCACACAAUCACGAUCGUCAUCAUCAUCAUAGCCGACAGAUGGAUUUCAUGCAGGCGUGCACUGCCUCGCUAUGCUCCGGCUACACCGACGACGAUGAACUGGCCACAUGUGUAGUGGCCAACUGUGUCGCCACAAAUAAUAAUAAUAAUAAUGGUGAUGGUGGUGGUGGUGGUCAUAAUUAUAAUGUAAAACGAAAUGACGUUGAUAGUGAUUACUAUAUGAAGGAUAAAUACGGUGAUUAUAAUGGUGUUGGCAAUGGUGGUAAUACUAAUAACAACAAUAACAAUAUUAAUAAUAAUGAUAAUAAUGAUAAUAAUACUAAUAACGGUAAUAGCCAAAGUGAUGACGACGACGAUGAUGAAGAUGAUAGUAUCAAUGAUAAGAAGAUCACUAAAGUUGAUAAGAGUAAUUAUGAUGAUGACGAUGAUAAUAAUAAUAAUAAUAAUAACGACAACCACAAUGAUGAUGAUAACAGCAUAGAAAGCAAAAAAUAUGGCGAUAAUAUAAGCUAUAACUAUAAUGAUGAUGAUCGUGACGAUGGUGUAGCUACUACAACUACCGCUACUUCGAAUAAUAGUGGUAGUGAUAAUGACGACGAUGAUGAUAGUAACAAUAACAACAACAAUAAUAAUAACAAUAAUAAUGAUGAUGAUGACGACUAUGAUGAUGAAGACGAUGAUAAAGCUGAUGAUGAAUACAAGAACCAAAAAGCCGAACUAUAUGGGAUGAAACAGCAUCAACUACAACAUCAUCAACCGUAUAUAUCUUACCGCGAGAAGAACAACAAUAAAAACAACAAUAAUAAUCACAACAAUAAUAACAAUGACAUGAACAACCUUAAAAAAUCAGGUUUGGAUCGUUUGGUUGGAGGCAACUACACGCAUAUUACGCAACAACUACAACAAAAAAAUAAUAAUUUCCUUCAAGAUUUGCAGCAAAGAUCAAAUAAUCGUCUUAAAAUCGCCCUACAUGGAACAAACAUUCCCGAACCAACACCCCAGGACUAUAACUAUCUCCAACAUUAUCUUCAACAACAACAACAACAAAACAACGAUAUAGUUCAACAUGAACCACAACUAUACGACUAUGUACCACACAACACAAACAUAUUGCAACAUAUCAAAAAAUUAUUUCAACAAAUAGCUCCACCGAAACAGCAGCAGCAACAACAACAACAACAGCAACAACAACAGCAACAACAACAACAAUACCGAUACGGUUAUGGAAACCGACUAGAAUGGAUGCCGAUGGAUCGAUUCGAGAAAGAAGAAUUCGAUAAGUAUUACAGUGACGCAAGAAAGCGUGGCUAUCAUGAUGUUUGGUACAUGUGCGUUGAGAAUAACUGCAACUCGGUGAAUAAGAACAACUCGUUUCACUAUAGAUGCGCAAACUACUUUUGUGGUCGAAAGUGAUGUCCUACCCUCUAUAAUUUAAGAAACAUUUGAAGUUUUGUCUAUUAAUAAACGAUCAUGUAGAUGGCGAUUAUGAGUUUGUUGACUAUCAAUUAAGUAAAUUUUGAUCGGUUGAAAAUUAUUCAAUCCUCUGAUUGAUUGGCUCGCUCGAUAGAAUAGGUUGGAUGGAUUGAUUGAUUUUAAUGAUUUCAACUAACAAUUAAUGUUUAAUUCAAUUUACAAUUGAAAUAAAAUUUUAAAUUCGCU